CAUCACUUUGGGCUGUUUUUUUGGGGGGUUUUUUGGGAUUUUUUUGGGGGGAUCCCCAAACCCCCCGCGCUGCCACGAGCCGGAGCUGCGGCGCUGGGCCCGCGAGCUGGGCGCGCCCGUGCUCUCCGUGGACUACGCGCUGGCGCCCGAGGCGCCCUUCCCCCGCGCGCUGGAGGAGUGCUUCUACGCCUACUGCUGGGCCCUCUGCAACUGCAAAAUGCUGGGCUGGACGGGCGAGCGCGUGUGCCUGGCGGGUGACAGCGCCGGGGGGAACCUGUGUCUGGGGGUGUCGUUGCUGCCCCCAGAGACCCCCGA